AUGCCCGACGAUAUCCGAUCUUUAGAGUUGGCCAGGAUGGAGAUAAUAUUUGUUGCAUUCGUGGUGUUUGUGCUCGUCUUACUUCUCGCCAUCUUCAUCCUAUUAGGUGCCAGCUUUAGGACUCCACGAGAAGCUCAGGAUACAGAGAACGGGCAACGUCAGACCCCUUGGACUGCAUCGUACCCGACAGACCAAGGUGACGGAGCGUAUUACGACAACGAAACUUCAUUCAUCAAGAGUGUACGAAGACGAAGCCAUUCUUUGGCAGAGGAACUCCGACUAGAGCUGGUUAAUCUCAGACGCAACCUGUCUUUGUUAACGAUCCCAUCCAGAAGCCGGACAGGAUACGCAGACACAGAUGACACACGAAGGCUAAGCAUCGACCAGUUACUGAGUAGUUUCCCUUCGACCAGCUCGGAAUUGGUUACAGAUUAUGAGAGCUGUUACGACUACUUGGAAUCUCCAGUGUCCGCAACAGGUAGGGAAGAAGAUGCCACUGGGACACAGAGAAGACUGGUUCAAUCAACGGGAAAUACAAUGAGAUAUGACGGAGUCCAGCAGUGGGACGAUCCCCUGCCGUGA